CAGUUAAUUAGUUGUUCGAUACAAUUCUAGCCAAGCGGUUUGCUGGAGCUUGCCAGCAACACGAAUUAGGUACCGAGAACGGAAGUCCGAAAAUUCGAAAACCGAAACACCGAAAGUUUGAAUUUCCGCUAGCAAAACGAAUUCGAGCGCUCCGGUGCGCAUACGCCGUGUGUGUUCCCCAUUCUACAACAAGGUUUACAAAUAAAUUAUAAAAUCGGCUAAAGUGCCGCUAGCACGUGCAUUAUCCCAAAUUGUUUUUUAUUUUUUACGUUUCGUCGCCGUUUGUUUUUGUUCUUUUUUAACACUUAAUAUUUGAAAUGGUUAAAACUGCCCUUUUGGCCCUAUUCCUAAUAAUUUGUGGAUGCCUUUUAAGGGAUACUCAAGCGGAAGCAGCAAUUGGCAAUGGAAGCAAUUUUCUGGAAAUCUCACUGCGGUAUUUUGACGAGCAGCUUCUCCUGGAUAUUCUGCCACGUGCCACGUGUCCUGGAGAGGAUGAGGGAUCUCCGAUGGACGAGUUCGCCGACCUUUUUACGGUGGAACAACUCCGUCAGGGGUGGGUGGUGCUUCACGUCUUCGCCGCAGUUUACUUCUUCAUCCUACUGGCCAUCAUCUGCAACGACUACUUCCUGCCGACGGUGGAGUGCAUCUGCGAGGACUUGCACCUAUCAAAGGACGUGGCAGCGGCCACUUUCAUGGCCACGGCUACUUCCAUGCCCGAGUUCUUCACGAACACGAUCAGUACGCUGAUCUUAGAGUCGGAUAUGGGCCUUGGGACAAUCAUCGGUUCGCUAAUGUUUAACACACUGGGCGUGGCUGGAUUGGCCGCACUCGCCAUCGAUAAGCCCGUGCAACUGGACUGGUGGCCAAUAGCACGCGACUGCUUUAUCUACAUCUUCAACACGAUUAUCCUGCUGGUCUUGGCCUGGGGCGGCAGUAUUAGCUUCACGGAGUCGUGCAUAAUGAUGGGAUUCCUAGUGCUCUACUACCUCAUCACGUUCAACAACAAUAAGUUUAUGCCAUCCAUCCGCGUGUUUAUCGAAGAUCGGAUGAACUGCUGCUUCUCCACACGAUAUGACCUAACAGAGCCCCCAGAGAACAGUGCUAAGGCCCAGCUGCCGCUCAAGAAGGAUCCACUAUCCGGCGAUGGCCUCUUUGUGGUCAAUCUUCCCGAAAACACCUCGUCCAUGUCCUCCACAGCCAACCUCACGCACUCCAAGCACUGGAAUGGCGAGAAUAGCGAGAAUGACGAGAAGGAUGGUAUGCCUGAGAGUAUAUACUCUUAUCCGCUGGACGUUUCCGGAUGGAUGCAGUUUUGGUGGAUCUUCGUCUUCCCCAUUAAAUUCACACUAUCCCUGCUGAUCCCGCAUCCGAUGAAGUACCGCCGUCUGUAUCCAUUAUCCUUUAUCAUGUGCAUCCUGUGCAUCGGUGGGAAUGCCUAUCUUAUUGUCUGGAUGCUAACUGCCUUCGGUGUGGCAAUCCAUGUACCCACCAUUGUGAUGGGUCUGACCUUCCUGGCGGCUGGGUCCACCAUGCCAGAAGCCGUCUCCAGUCUUAUUUCGCUAAGAAAUGGUGAAAAUGGCAUUGGAGUUUCAAAUUCCUUGGGUGCCAAUUCGCUGGCCAUCUUGUUGUCCCUGGGAGUGCCGUGGUUCAUCAAGAACUGUAUCCACUACGGAACUGGGGAGCCCCAGCAGGUUGGCACCCAGGGCAUAGAGUACAAUAUUCUGAUCCUGAUCAUCUCCACGGUGGCACUUUUCGUAAUCCUCAGCUUCAGUGGCUAUCGCCUUACCAAGCGGGUGGGAGUGGCCCUCUUCACUGUCUAUGGGGUUUUUAUCGUUCUGCAGAUCCUCAUCGAGAUGAAUGUCUUCUUUCCCAGAGAUUGCAGUAGCUAGUAAUGGAACUGGAUCUGGAAACCCAGAGAUGGGAAAAAUCCACACUUAAAAAAUCAUUUUGGUGCUGGCACCACAAGGCUAUUACCCCAUCAACCCAAUUACAGGUCUGCAUUCGUUUUUAACUAUUUUUGGGUUAUACUAGAUCUGGUAAAGUUUGAUUAAAUUGAGACGAUAACUAUAACUUAAUGUAUUUUGUAAUUAUCAUUUUAAUUUUCAACCAAAAAUCGGACAGUGCAUACCCAGUAUUUUUGUACACUAGUUUACGCGUUGAUUAUUGCCUAAGACUGUCUUUAGGUUUAGACGACAAAGCUUUCAGCAGCGAUUUCUGUUUAUUUCGCGUUAUACACAUAUUGUUAAUGUGAUUCUGUGUAUGUCCCAUAGCAUGUACUUCCAUCCACAAAUGUUUUAACCGUUACCAAAGCCCAAAACGAGAUACUAGCAGUUAAGAGGAUAAAUUCACAUAUAAAUGAACGUACAACAUUCGCCAAUACUGCCCAGGCCCGAAAACGCAAUGAAAAAUUCGCAAACUCAUACACACAAUCUUUUCUUGAUAUUCUACUCUUUCAUGUAUGCUUAGCGAAGAAGCAUUUGUUAACGUUGUUAAAUACCCUUAUUGCCAUUGUUAUUAAUUUAUAAAUACACAUUAAGACAAAUGUUACCAAACUUGCCUUUCAUUUCUUAUUAUUUUUGGGCUCGGAAAUUUCUCCUUAGCAGCUUCUAUACUACUGACCAAAAUAAUAAUACCUUUUUUAGGGUAUAAUAAAACAGUAACGCUCGUGUGGCGGGUUGUCUUUAAAUGUAGUUUCAUUUGCAUUUGAGAAAUAUUGGAUUUAUCUUGAAGUUACAUCACAAAUAAUAUCUUUAAAUGAGAUCAAAUAGACUAAUACACAUCAAAUAAAUAAAAUCAAAAGCGAUAAUACAGAAAAGACCUAUGCUAACUAAUUGGUCUGUAUCUCGGUAUAUAAAUAAUGUUCCUUAAAUAUAUAUUUAUAAAUUUAUAAAGGUAAAUAUGAUCGGAGACUUUAAUCCUUUACCCGAUUGAACAUAAUUAAUAGUUAUUUCAAGGGUUUUUGUCUUUUGUUUGCACACAAUGUGUUGGCAAGUGCUUGGAGUUCCUCAGGGGGUAAGCGAAUCGUUUACACAAA